AUCUAAGCGUGGGAGGCGCGCAGUGCUCACGCGCUCACACUACUCCAGCAGGUUGGUAUCUCCGCAACUAGUUGAUACGACGGGACGCGAAGCUGGGCAUCUGGCGAAGCUGGGUGCCGUGCUCGGGCGUGCUCAAAACACCGGGUCACCUCUUCCCCAUCUACCAUCACUCUCGGCGGAGACCGACGGACCUAUCUUGUUGAACAAAAUCGGGAACGGACGCUAGAUCGGAGAGGCCAUGGCUGACACCAUGACCACCGCGCUCUACAUCAUCGUGCUGACUGCCUGGUUUUGCCUCAUGUGCGUCAUUCUGCGAUGCUGCUCAGACGGGGAGCCCCCGACCCUGUUUUUCGACCUGGACCCAGAGAUAGACCUGACCGGCGCUGGGCCGAAGCCUUCUGUGACCGCCGUAGUCGAUGGCGAACCGGCGAGGUUUGCGAGGGUGCAAAUCUUGGGCACCGCCGCCACUGCCGAAGAAGGAAAAGGAGGCACGCGGCACGAGGACCUGACGCUUGACGGCCUCGAGGUGCCGGCCGUCAUGGGUCGGACCGCGGCGGCGGGCGACGACCUGCCGGCCGCGCAAGAGGUCUGGUCACCCAUCCUGGCCCUGCGAACAUUCGUCGAGCCGCUCACCUCGAGGGCCUCGGCGGCCUUCCGAAAUUUCCACGUCUCGUUUUUCGAUGGGCAGGAGGAAGUAGGGAAAGUCGUGACAGGGGGUGCGAGCGGAGACGGUGGGAUGGCGGCGAGGGCGGAGGAAGAACGGUCUUCGGCGGCUGGUGCGCCGAGCGGCGGCGGCGGCGGCGCGGCGGCACCCGAAGCGGUAAGAGUGGCUUCCGCGGAACAGAGCUGGCCAGCAGUGCCGAGGGGAAUAGAUGUUGCGGACGUGUCGAACGGGCACGAACGAGCGGCGGCGGCGGAAAGAGAAAGGGCGGCAGGAGAAGAAGAGGAGGUGAAAGUCGCGGACGCGGGAGAGAUGACGUCGGACGGCGACCUGCAAGAUAGUCACCGGGUUGCGGUUUGAUGGAUCAUUCGGAACCCCGCGAGAGCGUAAUAUAGUUUUGUUGUUUGUUUUUGCCGCCGAGGAAUUGUCUACAUGGCGGUAAAAUUGCUUAAAUUUUUGUGUAUUGGGCCCGUUGGUUGUGCUUCUUUGCCACACUCCACGUUUUUGACGAUGGAGACGGUACGACCGAGACUCCGUGGCAAUUCCUACGAACGCGUCGGCGUGUUAUUCCUCCCAGGUACUUACGCUCCCGUGCGACCUGUAUACAAACAUCGCGUUGUCGUCACACAUAAGUACCAUUGGACACUUUUGCCCACCUCUUCUUCACCCAUCUCCAUUUUGCAAACCGUUGUGGAGCUUAGAUUCACGAAUGGAUGCUUUUUGAUGGUGCUCGCUGGCUCUUCACCCGGCCGACGCUGCUCCUAUGUGUUUGUUUGUCUCCGAGUGACCCCGGCAGUCUGUCUUGCAACUGCGGUGUUGCUGCCCGUUUGCGAGGCUGGCAGGCCGCGCCUGGACCUCGAUCGUGAGAGAUGAGCUGACCGUUGUUGCUGUCGCCGAUUCCUUCUCGCCGUUGUUGUGACGUCUCACCCAUCACUCUACGUUGUAAAACCGAAACGAAUGUCCGAAGCUUUCUGUGGGCAGUGGCCAAAGCUGGGAGUGUUGUGUAGGUUGUUUUGCGGUGGUGGGCGUGGUGCUGCUGAGACAGGACCAAGAUAGUACACCCUGCUGCUGAGAGCGACAACGCACAGCGAUGCGCGCUCCGACAUGUACUGUGUCCGUUGAUGUUUGUUUGCAUCUUGAGGAUGAUUUUUGUUUAGAUGUGGGGAUGGGGGGAGCCAUGUGUUGUUGAGGGGAUGGAAGUGAAUGGGGUAGCGAGUGGCGUGAGGAGCUCGUGUGUUUGUUUUUUCGUCUCACGUAUUCUGGGCUUCAGCCUACACCUUUCGGAGUAGUUUUUGGAGCACCAGCCGGGGUCACGCAGGAGGAAUUCCCUCGCCGUUCUUCCUGCGGCGCUUGGCUCCAAUAUUUAACACGAGAACGUGCCUUGAAACAUGAGUAGGAGAGUUACCCCUGUCUCGAUGGCUGGUGUCGAGAGAGAAAGUGGUCUUCCUUUGUUGUGGUUGGUCGGUGUCUGUUUCUUUGGUCUUGAGUUUUUCUGUGUAAUUUUUGUCAAUUUCAGACAAGCGUGGUAUGUAUGUGUUGAUUGUGUAUCGAGUGAGUGGGGAAGCAGGUGCCCUCUUAUUGUCGACGCUAGUAACACGCUGCCUGCGGUAUGUAUGGGGAGAGUUGUAGCUGUCGCGGGGACACGUGUAUCGUGCUUGACAAGUACCACCAAAGCUGGCGGCUGAGGCAGUACCAUCUAGAACCAGCGAGACAAGGGAACGGUGGUUAGAACAGCAGUGGUAGUCGCACUGUGGUGGGUUAUCGGACCCGCUUCUCCCUUGCAAUGAAGCGCGUGGGGGGGGGCUUGGCUGAUCCACCGAUCAAAGCGUCGUGGUGUGGUGUUGCUUGUGCGUGUGUGAAUAUAAUGACAACAUGGUGUUGGUUGCGUAGAGGUACUCAGUUCGUCGUCGUGCAAGCAACUUUGUGGGGUCCUGUCCAAAACUGUCCCAAGUUUAUCUCUUUAUCCGUGGUUUACUACGGUAGCUAUUUCUCUAAUAUUCUUUCAAGUGCAGGGUAUGUAUGCAUUGUCAUGUCUAUCUCUAUAUCCUUGGUUCACUACGGUAGCUAUUUCUCUAUUAUUUAAUAGUCUUUCAAGCGCAGGGUAUGCAUUGUAAUGUCGAAUCUCAAUUGUUUUCAAGGUUGUUUUGCUUGAGACGUCGGGCGGUCGAUCCUGAUACAAGGGCCUCCCCCGAACUCGGGCAUGUGCGGGUUAACAACGCGUUGCUUUGGUGGUUUGGGGUACGUACGGGAUCGCGGCCCUGGUGACGUCUCCGCCGGCUAAGGGUUUUGACCCAGGACCCAAUAAGUUUUCGACGGCACCAAGUUUAUCCAGAAGGAAACGACGGCUUGCGGCAUCCCCUCUCCCUUUCUUUCGUCGUCUGUUUUUGAUGGAGGGACCUUUUAACUUUUGUUGUGUUGAUGAUGGCGAGGCUGCUACAAGCGAUUCGCUAGCAGUCCACUCGAAUCACCACCGACAACCAUGCACCAUACAUCGGGCGGGUUUUACUACGGGGGGUGGGUUUGUCGUAUGGAGUUCAUUAAGCGUUUGUUUUGACUUUGUUCUUUCGUUUGACUGUCAAAGAAACGGGGGCCGAGAACGCACGUGCCUACCGUUAGUGUUCCGUAGGUUACACUGCCUUGCUUCCCCCGCGUAGUGUUAUGGUAACAUCUG